AAAGAGGGGGGUGGAAAUCCGUGGCCUCCACACCCCCUUCGAACGUUCGCUGGAUGAUCCCUCCCUUUCUCUGCCGCUGCAAGGAUGCAGCCCGGCAGCUCCGGGGCAGAGAGCAGGGAGGCGCCGGCGGCCCCGGGCGCGGGUUCGGCUCUCAGGAUUCAGGGGUGCCAACGCGCCCUGGAGGCUGACGUCGGGGGCGUGGGGCUGUGAUGCUCGAGCGAGGAUGGCGCGGUGUCAGAGCCAUUGGCCGCCGGUGGUCAUCAAUCAAUUCGGGGCUGGGGAAGCGGUAGAGAAAGAAGGACAAGCGCCCAGCGGAGCCUGGGGCCGCGAGCGCCAGCGCCAACAGUGCCAGCCGCGGCGGCCGCGGCGGAGACGACGGCAGUGGCAACGAGGAACUGAGCGAAAACGCAGAGCAGUAUUGAUGAGUAGAUCCUUGGGUUCAGAGGUUGGCUGAAACGCACCAUGCCCACUUCCAUCCUUCGCUCUGGAAAGUUGUGAAUUGCUCAUGCCUAUAGAGAGGAAGGAUGGCACAUGGGAUUCCUUCUCAAGGCAAAGUUACCAUCACGGUGGAUGAGUACAGCUCCAACCCCACCCAGGCAUUCACGCAUUACAACAUCAACCAGAGCAGGUUCCAGCCGCCACAUGUACAUAUGGUCGACCCCAUCCCAUAUGACACUCCAAAACCAGCGGGCCACACGCGGUUUGUCUGCAUCUCAGACACACACUCCAGAACAGAUGGUAUCCAGAUGCCUUAUGGGGACAUCCUUCUCCACACAGGCGAUUUCACCGAGCUGGGACUGCCCUCAGAGGUUAAGAAGUUUAAUGACUGGUUAGGAAACCUGCCAUAUGAAUAUAAAAUAGUGAUUGCUGGGAAUCAUGAACUGACAUUUGAUAAGGAAUUCAUGGCAGACCUUGUUAAACAGGACUACUACCGUUUCCCCUCUGUGUCGAAAUUGAAACCAGAAGACUUUGACAACGUUCAGUCCCUCCUGACAAACAGUAUUUACUUACAAGACUCGGAGGUAACAGUGAAGGGAUUCAGGAUAUAUGGUGCACCUUGGACCCCGUGGUUUAAUGGAUGGGGCUUUAACCUGCCCAGAGGUCAAUCUCUGCUGGACAAGUGGAACCUCAUCCCCGAGGGCAUUGACAUACUCAUGACACACGGACCUCCUCUAGGUUUUCGAGACUGGGUUCCAAAGGAGCUUCAGAGAGUGGGCUGCGUGGAGCUUUUAAACACAGUCCAGAGGCGAGUCCGGCCCAAACUCCAUGUGUUUGGUGGAAUCCAUGAAGGUUACGGCAUUAUGACCGACGGUUACACAACGUACAUCAAUGCCUCAACGUGUACAGUCAGCUUUCAACCGACCAACCCUCCAAUUAUAUUUGACCUUCCAAACCCACAGGGUUCCUGAAGCUCCAGACACCCAAUUGGAAUGUGAGGGAAGGUCUAAAAAAACUGCCAUUUUUCUAAUUAUAAACUUACAUUCUCUUCCUUGUUUAUUUCCAGAUCCUGUGAGUUCUUUUUGUAAAUUGCUGGAACACAAAUGAUGCUAGAGGUUAUGCUUCUUCUUCCUUAUUUUUAAAAUGGGGCAUCCAUUUGGAAUCAAAAGAGCGUUGUGAAUUUGUAAAAUGACUUCUGUUUUCUCAAAGGCCACGCCAUUGUAAAUUGUUAGUGUUCGCCAAAGGACAGCCAAGCUUUCUUUUGAAAAGGUGAUAAAAGUCUUAUUUUAAUAUGCUUUAAGCUGGAAAAAGAAAAAAAAAAAAGAAAUAAAGCAGGUAGGCAGUGUUUUAAAAACCACCCAGAUUUGCACAACAGUUUAAGAGUAUUGUUUGAAGUAUUUUAUUUUUAUGAUGUUUGUUGUUGUUGUUUUUCUUGGGAAUGCUUCUUUUUUGCAGACGUGGCCCAGAUUUAGAGAAAUCUUUGCAACAAAAGUAGGCGUGGAAAAGACUUCCCUUCACACUCUCACUAUAAAGCAAGCUGUGUCAAGGGAAAAAAACAGCUCUCGUUUAGAGGAUGGCUUAGCUAGUGAGAUCCAUAUUGUGGUUAUACAAGGUCUCAUCGUUUGUUUGUUUCUUUUAAAUUAUUUUAGCUUUAAAAACAUGGAAAUGGAAUCUGUCAAGAGCAGGUAUUUCAUGCAGUUUAAAAAAAAAAAUGAGCGUGCAGACUCCUUUUCAAUAUGGGUUUAUAUAUAUAAAUAUUUUUUGUGUAUUAUGACUAAGUUAGGGGUUAAAUAUUGCCAAGGACAGUACAACUGUAAAGGGAUGCUUGAUCGUGGAGCAUCAGAAGUCCGAAGGAGCUGACGCAUGUUCUCAGAACUCAAGGUCUUAAAGAGCUUGAGUUAAAUCUAGGUACACUCGCAGGCGUGUAUAGAUUUAAAUGGAUGCAAUGGAAGCUAACUAAAAUAAGGCUUAGUUGUCCUUUAUAUUUAAAUGCCCUGAAUUGUCUCCUUACGUCCUCCUCCCUCCCCACCCCCCAUUUUGCACUGUGUGUUGAUGCAAUCUUCGCUAGCACAAAAUAUUGUCGCUAAUAGUCCUUUCUGUUUUCCCAUUGUAAAUGCUGUUGAGCUUUAUUCUAUUUUAUGUUAUCUUGUUAAUGACAUUUAGGAAAGCAGUUGUUUCUUUAAAUUUAUUGUGAUAUUCUAUAUCUAGCGGCCUUUAUAUGCAAAUAAAAUUGCAAGAUUUUUAAA